GCACGCCCAGACACAAAUAGAGACUCAGUCAGUCGUGUCUGGAUAACUCAGAGGAGCUGCUCCAACUCUGAAGAUUAUUGUUUUGGGACAUGUAAUGCAGAAAACAUUUAAUUGCAGGAUUUCAACUACAGUAAGCUGUCCUAGCAUUGAUUGACAGUGCUCUGUCUGGACUGUAAGACUCCGUCUAGAGGAGGUGUCUGCUGAAGAACUUAACAAAGUGAAAGGGGCGUUUAUCCUGCGAGCUCCAUAUAUGUGAAUGUACUUAUUCUGUGAUUGAAACUUCAGGAAGGCAUGACGGGUCAGGAGAGGAGUGAGGAGAAGAGUGAGUGUGUGUCCCUGUCUCCGAUGAUGGAAACUGUCCCUGCCCUACCUGAGAGUGAGAGGGUGUGUGUGUUUGGGACGGGGGACCUGGGGCGCUCUCUGGGCCUGCGUCUGCUGCAGGCGGGGUACGGUGUGGUGUUCGGCAGCCGCCGGCCCCACAGCAGCAGCCGCCUACCCCACGGAGCACAGGUCCUGGGCCAUGCUGCAGCUGCCCAGUCAGCCCAUAUGAUCUUCAUCGCUGUCCAGAGAGAACACUACGACUUCCUGGUACCACUGGCCAAUCAGCUUAAGGGGAAGGUGUUGGUGGACCUCAGUAACAACCUGAGGAAGAAUCAGUACCCAGAGGCCAACGCAGAGUACCUGCAAAGUCUGGUCCCUGGAGCUGAGGUGGUUAAAGGCUUCAACACCCUGUCUGCCUGGAGUCUGCAGAAUGGACCUUCAGAUGCCAACAGACAGGUGUAUAUCUGCGGGGAAAGUGCGGAGGCCAAGCAAGCGGUGAUAGCGGUAGCCACCAAGCUGGGUUUCAGUGCCCUGGACCGGGGCUUUCUCUCAGUGGCCCGGGAGCUGGAGGACUUCCCCCUACAGCUGUUCCCCCAGUGGAGGCUCCCCCUGCGCAUCGCCAUUGGCCUCAGCGCUGCCUUCUUCUUCUACCUGCUGAUCAGAGACAUCAUCUAUGCAUACGUCACCCAGGGCAAAGACAUCUCCUUCAGAAUCAUGGUCUCACUUGCCAACAAGGUGUGUCCCAUCGUGUCUCUGAUCAUGCUGUCUCUCUGUUACCUGCCUGGUGUCCUGGCUUCCUUUUUGCAGCUCUACAGAGGCACCAAGUACAGGCGCUUCCCUGAUUGGCUGGACCGCUGGAUGCUGUGCAGGAAACAGCUGGGUCUUCUGGCACUGGGAUUCGCCUUUCUGCACGUGCUCUAUACACUGAUCAUACCCAUACGGUACUAUGUGAGGUUUAAGGCCACUGAUCGCACUGUCUCUGUGAUCAGAGAGAACAGGACCACUGAGUUUGAUAUGACGACGGCCUGGCGUGGCGAUUCCUACUUAUCCCUGGGAAUUCUGGGAUUUGGCCUGUACGUCCUGUUAGGAAUCACAUCUCUUCCCUCCGUCAGUAACGCUCUCAGCUGGAGGGAGUUCAGCUUCGUACAGUCCAAGCUGGGUCACCUGACUCUCCUGUUGUGUACGGCGCACACCUACCUGUAUGGCUGGAACAGAUUCCUGAGUGCCUCCACCUACAAGUGGUACACCCCACCGGGCUACAUGCUGUGUCUGGUGCUUCCCUCUGUGGUGCUGCUACUCAAGCUGCUGCUCAUCACCCCCUGUGUGGACCGAACCAUCACCCGCAUACGCCAGGGCUGGGAGAGGGGGGCAGAUCAGAGGAACCCUAAAGACAGCCAACCACUGAUACCUUAGAGGACACACACACACACACAGACACACACAAAAUAACACCCUCAGUGUGAUGACAGCUUUGUCUUCGAGGCAUGAACUCUUGUUUCUUUGCUAUUGUACCCUCAGAGGUUGGCUACCAUUCAAUCAUCGUUUGCCAUGUUUCUGGGAUCAAAAACCAACAAUAACAUUUAAUUGAUAUGCAGUCGUAUUUCUUUUUGUAUUACACUGUAAACAUUGUUGCAUUUUAAUAAAUACAUUUUCAACCGUA